AUGAAUCCAGCGCUAGUCUCUGAAUCAAAAGGACCGGACCCUGAAAAGCCCCUCAGUGAUGAGGAGCAACUCACGGCGCUUGGCCAUGUCCAAGAGCUCCGCCGUGAAUUUUCACUGUGGUCAAUCGUGUGCCUUCAGAUUUCUCUGAUGGCAACCUGGGAGGCUUUGUCAUCUGUUGUCACCACUGCCCUGACAAAUGGGGGAGCACCGUGCCUUUUCUACAACUAUAUCAUCGCUCUGGUCGGCACGAUGUUUAUUGUCAUCUCGUUGAGCGAAAUAGCCUCAAUAUAUCCAACUGCGGGCGGGCAAUAUCAUUGGGUACACUGUCUGGCCCCUUCCUCAUAUAAGUCAACGGCGUCUUGGUUCACUGGAUGGAUAUCGAUUGGAGGGCAACUUGUCUUCUCUGCCUCUGCGGCCUUCGCAGCAGGGCUGCAGUUCCAGGCACUGAUCACGCUAAACCACCCCGACUCGUAUAUACCGACCAGAUGGCAAGGGAUGAUGUUUUACUGGCUGAUCUUGGCAUACUCAACAGCUCUGAACAUCUGGGGGUCUAAGAUCUUGCCUCACACCAACACCGCUGCCGGGGUCUUGCAUGUGGUUGGAUUCAUUGCCAUUGUUGUCGUUCUAGGAGCACUUCCCCCCAAGCACUCUGCGAGCUAUGUCUUUACCGAAUUUUCCAAUACCAGUGGGUGGAACAGUGAUGGGGUUUCAUGGCUUGUGGGGCUUCUGAGUACCGUCUACCCAUUCUUAGGAUAUGAUGCCGCAUGCCAUUUAAGCGAGGAGCUGCCGAAGCCAUCCCGAAAUGUCCCACUGGCUAUGAUCGGGAGUGUGACCAUCAACGGAGUGAUUGGUCUGGUGUAUGCGGUGGUACUGCUUUUCUCUCUGGGGGAUCUCGACGAUCUACUCCAGUCUAAGACUGGAUUUCCCUUCAUCCAGCUCUUCCUGAAUGUCACUCAGUCCCGAGCAGGAGCAUCUGUGAUGACCUUGUGCGUCACAUUGAUUGCGACCGCGGCCAAUGCCGCCUGUGUUACGUCCACGAGCCGCACCGCGUGGGCUUUUGCGCGCGAUCGGGGACUCCCGACAUCUGGAUUCUUGUCUGCGGUGAGUCCUCGUUUGAAGAUCCCCGUGCGCAUGGUCCUUGUGGUGGGGUUUCUGCAGAUGCUUCUCGGCUUUAUCUACCUCGGCAGCACCACGGCCUUCAACGCAGUGUUGUCAAUGGCAAUCUUGGGGAUGUACGCCUCCUACCUUUCUCCGAUUCUGUUCAUGCUGAUCUAUGGCCGUCGCGGAUCACCGAUUGUUCGUGGCCUUGGCCUGGGUUCCUUUUACCUUGGACCACGCUGGGGACCCCUGGUCAAUAUCGUUGCUAUUAUUUGGCUUUUUGUUGCCAUGGUAUUUAGCACAUUUCCCACGGUGGAGCCUGUCACCCCUGAGAACAUGAACUAUUGUGUCGUGGUUACAAUGGGUUGGAUGGUGAUCGGGGGGCUUUAUUACUAUAUAUUCGGGGGAAAGAAGCGCUUCAGCGGUCCGGUGAUAGAGCUGACUGAAGGGAUGUGA